AUGUCCCAGUUCUCGGGUAAUAUCAUUGUGGCUUGUAUAUCCACGAACCUUGUCAUCCGAAUGACACUGGUUCAUGAUGAUUCUUGGUAUGCAUCCCACAUCCGUAUACACACCAGCGACCUGACCUCUCUUAUCCCUCCACAAAAGCAGACUCAAAAUAAACACAAAUCUCCUCAUCACCUUUUAACUUCUGAAUUCUGCGGAUUCAUGAUUGUGAAUCCCACAUAUUCAGCUGCUGCGUCCCUGUAUGAUAUUUUCUUGGCUGAACCUCAAUUAUCUCAUGAAUUUGUUUUUUUCUUGGCCUGCAUCAAGCUAUGCAAUGAUUCCAACAUUCACCACGCCUCAGAGUACAAACCACAGUUUGGUUGUGAAGAGAGUGUUGAUUCAAUCGGGUGGGAACUCGUGAAAGAAUCUAUGUUGGUCCUGUGCUCAAUGCCAAGCAUUUGGAACUGGAUGCUUGCAGCAGAAUUUGACACUCAAUUUUGUUUGUGUUUCCUAUCAAUUCAAUCAUACUUAAUUUCAUUUGAAGCAGCACACGAAUGUACGCCUGUUGAUCUGUGCCAAAAAAUACACUCCCAUCCCUUGCUGCUUGUGGUGGUGAUGUCUCACGAGUUUGUCACGAAUUAA